AUGAAAACCUCCAGUGGGGCCAUGGGAAUCGGGAAAUAUCGAGAUCCGAACGAGGUCUUUCCGCCGUACAAAGGAAUUCGUCGCACUGAUACAGAAUAUGCAAAAGUCUCGAGAAUCGCUUCUCUAGAAAUACUCGGUCAAAUUGUGAUAUGGUAUGUAUACUAGUAUAUCUGAAACAUCGAGGUAGUUUUCUGAUUUAUAAAAAAUCCUUGAUUUUCAACAAUUCAAAGUUAUAUUCAAGCACGUACAGUACAGAUAUGUCAUACCAUAGUCCAGUCAAAAUAACAAAGAUCGUGCAUAAAUGCUUUCUUGUGUGGUUGGGAUCAUUUGUCUUCAUUUUUAAAAUUUUAAUAAACUGGAUCACUUUUUGAUUACUUCUUGGGAUCAUUUAUUUAUCUAUUCUGCAAUCGUUUAAACUUACUUCUAAAGAUAAUUCUAAUAAAUAUUGUUUUGCGUUUGGCCAUUUUCUGUAAAUUCAAAACAAAUUGUAAUUCAAAACAAAAUUCAUAAAAAGAAAUCUCGAACGGAACCACACCAACAGUUUAUAAAUAAAGGGUGUGUCAUAAUAAGUGAUGAUAAAUUGUUAAUGAUUUUUUUCAUACUUUUUCUUGACGUAGAUGGCUGGGAUUUCUAUCAUAUAUAUAUCUAAUCAAGAUAUUUUAUUUCUGAAAGUUUCAGCUCUCUAGCU